CGGCUGCACAUCUGCUGCCUGCCGGCCUUCAGCUCGCAGCCAGCGCACAGACUUGAAGCUGAGCAGGCAGUGAAGAGGAGCACGGUCACGGGUGGAUUCCGUCCAGCCACGAGCGCGAGGCGCGUGUCAGGUCUGCCGGGUGGCCUGCAGUGCCUUCUCUGCCUGGUUGUUCCUCAGAUUCUAACACAGGACACUGACUCCCAACUGUCCAUGAGAGUCCCCUGGAAUAGAGGAGAAGGCUGGAAGACUAUUUUGGGCACAGAGGUCAUCUGUGAGGGCACCAGGGCUCAAGGUCUUCAUGAGGGGCUUUUUCAAGUGGACCCAGCCCUCAGUCACAGUCUUCUGGUCACUAAUAUUUAUUCUCUUUACCAUACAAUAUGAAUACGGGAGUGGCAAGAAAUACGGCGGCCCCUGUGGAGGAAGAAACUGCUCUGUCUGCCAGUGUCUUCCUGAAAAGGGAUCUCGGGGUCAUCCAGGACCACUGGGGCCACAGGGACCAAUAGGGCCCUUGGGACCCCCGGGACCCAUUGGGAUUCCGGGAGAAAAAGGAAUGAGAGGUGACAGUGGCCUUCCUGGACCAGCAGGGGAAAAAGGAGACAAGGGUCCAACUGGUGUCCCUGGAUUUCCAGGCUUGGAUGGUGUUCCUGGUCACCCGGGGCCUCCAGGACCCAGAGGCAAACCUGGUGUGGAUGGCUACAAUGGCUCAAGAGGGGAUCCUGGAUUUCCAGGAGAAAGAGGAGGUCCAGGCCCGGGAGGCCCCCCUGGUCACCCUGGGGAAAAAGGAGAAAAAGGAAGGUCAGUGUUCAUUUCAGGCGGCUUUAAAGGUAUUCAGGGAGACCGUGGGGACCCAGGACCACCCGGCUUACCUGGACUUAGGGGUCCACAGGGAUCAACAGGACCCAUGGGGCAUGCUGGUGCACCAGGGCUGACGGGACGAGUCGGUCAUCCUGGGAGCCCUGGGUUGAAGGGAGAUUCUGCUGCGGGACUAAAAGGGCAGAAGGGAGACCAGGGUGAGGUUGGCCAGCAUGGUCCUCCUGGGCCCACCGUAGUUGUGCAGCCACCUGAGUUGAGUCUCUAUAAAGGAGAGAAGGGUAUAAAAGGAAUUCCUGGAAUGAUUGGACCUCCAGGACCUCCAGGACGCAAGGGAGUGCCUGGUAUCGGGAUGAAAGGCGAGAAAGGCAUUCCUGGGUUCCCAGGGCCCCGGGGUGAGCCUGGUUCCCAUGGAUCUCCAGGUUUUCCAGGACUCAAGGGGGAACAAGGACUGGCUGGAGGUCCUGGGAUGUUUGGAUUUCUUGGUCCAAAGGGGGAUCCUGGAGAUCGCGGGUACCCAGGACCACCAGGCAUUUUGGUAACUCCACCACCUCCACUCAAAGGUCCUCCAGGGGACCCAGGGCCUCCAGGCCGCUAUGGAGAACUUGGAGAAGUUGGACUGCAGGGUCCACGAGGACCCCCAGGCAGACCAGGGGAAACUUGUCCAGGCAUGGUGGGUUUCCCAGGGUUACCUGGUCUUCCAGGACUUCCAGGGGAAGCUGGUAGUCCAGGAAGAGUCUUCUGUGCCCCAGGAGAACCAGGGAAGCCAGGACCGCCUGGCCUGCCUGGAGCACCAGGACCAAAGGGGACCCCUGGCCCAGAUGUGUUAUAUUGUAGUCCUGGGUGUCCUGGACCAAUAGGAGAAAAGGGGAAAAUGGGUCCCCCAGGAAGAAGAGGAGCCAAAGGAGAAAAAGGAAAUGAGGGACUCUGUACCUGUCCUCCUGGUCCCAUGGGACCCCCUGGCCCUCCAGGCCUUCCUGGAAGACAAGGAAGUAAAGGAGACUUAGGGCUUCCUGGCUGGCAUGGAGAAAAGGGCGAUCCAGGCCAGCCUGGUGCUGCAGGACCGCCAGGACCACCGGGAAAACCUGGUGCCUUGGGGCCCCCUGGCCACAAAGGGGCAAAGGGUGAUAUGGUCAUAUCAAGAGUGAAAGGGAAAAAAGGAGAAAGAGGACUUGAUGGGCCACCAGGAUUUCCAGGACCACAUGGGCAAGAUGGUCAGGAUGGACGUCCUGGAGAAAGAGGGGAUCCUGGGCCUCGAGGAGACCAUGAGGAUGCAGUCCCAGGAGAGAGAGGACGUCCCGGACUGCCAGGGCCUCCAGGAAGAGCAGGACCCGCGGGGCCUCCAGGCUUGGGAUUUCCAGGCCCACCAGGACAGAGAGGCCGACCAGGAGAGCCGGGGAGCCCAGGCGUGAGGGGCUUUGAUGGCAUGAAGGGGCAGAGAGGUGACACCAUUCCUCAUAACGUAACUUACCCGGGGAGACCAGGCCUGCCAGGCUUUGAUGGGCCUCCAGGUCUGAAGGGAUUUCCAGGUCCCCCGGGUGCUCCUGGAAUGAGAUGUCCAGAUGGGCAGAAAGGCCAGCGGGGCAAACCAGGGAUGUCUGGAGCCCCAGGUCCACCUGGUUUUCGAGGGGACAUGGGAGAUCCGGGCAUCAAAGGUGAAAAGGGGACCUCUCCUAUUGGACCCCCAGGACUACCUGGGUCUCCUGGAAUGGAUGGCCAGAGAGGAAUCCCAGGAGACCCUGCUUUUGGAGACCCAGGACCCCCUGGGGAUAGGGGUCUUCCAGGAGCACCAGGCAUAAAAGGACAAAAAGGUUACCCAGGAUGUCCAGGACCUGAAGGGCCGCCUGGCAUCCCCGGAUCUCCGGGUCUCAAAGGUCCCAAAGGCAGAGAGGGAAAUCCUGGGUUUCCGGGAAUCCCAGGAGACCCUGGACAUUCCUGUGAAAGAGGUGCUCCAGGGAUCCCAGGACAACCAGGACUUCCUGGAGCUCCGGGUAGUCCAGGGGCCCCAGGUUGGAAAGGUCAUCCAGGAGAUAGGGGGCCUCCCGGACCAGCUGGGAUGAAAGGCCUUCCUGGCCUCCCAGGCCUACCGGGAGCAGAUGGUCUUCGAGGGCCUCCUGGGAUUCCAGGCCCCGCUGGAGAACAUGGCCCACCUGGUCUUCCAGGCCUAAAGGGACACCCAGGGCUGCCUGGCUUCCCUGGUUUUCCAGGAGAGAGAGGAAAGUCGGGCCCAGAUGGACAACCUGGAAGAAAGGGACAAAGUGGAGAGAAAGGCUGGCCUGGCUUGCGGGGAGACCUGGGCGAGAGAGGUGCCAAAGGAGACAGAGGACCUCCUGGUGAUCCAGGAGAAAUAGCCAUCAUUUCCAAGAAGGGGGAACCCGGAGAUGCUGGGCCUCCAGGAGAUGGUGGGUUCCCAGGGAGGAGAGGUGAUAAAGGAAGCCCAGGGAUACAAGGGGCAAGAGGAGAUCCUGGAAGAGAUGGACCACCUGGACUACACAGAGGGCAGCCUGGGAUGAACGGGCCUCCUGGGCCUCCUGGUGCUCCUGGCCCUCCGGGAUUACCUGGACUAAGAGGAGUCAUUGGUUUUCCGGGAUUUCCAGGUGACCAGGGUGAUCCAGGUUCUCCAGGCCCCCCUGGAUUCUCGGGAGAUGAUGGAGCAAGAGGACCUAAAGGAAGCAAAGGCGACCCUGCCAGUCGGCACGGUCCACCUGGCCCGAAGGGUGAGCCGGGCACCCCUGGAUUCCAAGGACAAACUGGAGCCCCCGGAGAGAAAGGCUUUCCUGGAGUUGAAGGGUCCCGAGGACCACCAGGAAGACCUGGACAGCCUGGCUCUUCUGGACCACCGGGGAGUCCAGGUGACCCAGGGAUACCUGGGCUCAAGGGCCCCCCAGGAGAAGAGGGAGACCCCGGGCCAAGAGGUGACCCGGGAUAUUUAGGGAGGCCAGGUCCUCCCGGAGUAAAAGGGCCCCCCGGGUCUCCUGGUCUGAAUGGGUUACAUGGUCUGAAAGGUGAGAAAGGAGCAAAAGGUGCCUCAGGUUUGUUUGAAAUGGGUCCACGUGGGCCAAUGGGAAUGCCUGGGCUAAAAGGAGAGAGAGGUGACCCUGGGAGCCCAGGGAUUUCUCCCCCGGGCUUUCCUGGAGAAAAGGGCCUCCCAGGACCUCCAGGGAGACCAGGACCAGCUGGCCCCGCAGGGGCCCCAGGAAGAGCUGCUAAGGGUGGCAUUCCUUAUCCAGGUCCACCUGGAGACUUGGGACUUCCUGGCCCUGAUGGCCCAAGAGGAGUACCUGGGCCUCCAGGUCCCCCUGGGAAUGUCGACCUUCUGAAAGGGGAUCCAGGUGACUGUGGUUUGCCAGGACCACCUGGCUCCCCAGGCCCACCAGGCCCUCCAGGCUGUCAGGGUGCCCCAGGAUGUGACGGAAAAGAUGGACAGAAAGGACCAAUGGGAUUCCCAGGGCCUCCAGGGCCGCCUGGUUUUCCUGGGGAACCUGGAGAAAAGGGAUUACCUGGCCCUAAAGGCAGAAAAGGGCCAACAGGCCCUCCAGGCUGCAGAGGUGAACCUGGGCCACCUUCAGAUAUGGACGCUUGUCCUCGAAUCCCGGGACUUCCUGGAGUGCCAGGCCCAAGAGGACUGGAAGGAGCUAUGGGGGACCCUGGCCAGAGAGGACCCCCUGGACCAGGGUGCAAAGGAGAGCCUGGGCUGGAUGGCAGGCGGGGUCAGGAUGGCAUCCCUGGACCCCCCGGUCCCCCAGGACGCAAAGGUGACGCUGGAGAGGCCGGCAGUCCCGGAGCAACAGGCCCUCCUGGUCCUCCUGGUGAUCCUGGGCCCAAGGGGUUUGGCCUUGGAUACCUCAGUGGCUUCCUCCUUGUUCUCCACAGUCAGACAGAUCAAGAACCGAUCUGCCCUGUGGGCAUGCCCCGGCUUUGGACAGGGUACAGCCUGUUAUACAUGGAAGGACAGGAGAAGGCACACAAUCAAGAUCUUGGCUUGCCGGGGUCCUGUCUUCCUAUGUUUAGUACUCUGCCCUUUGCCUACUGCAACAUCCACCAAGUGUGCCACUAUGCCCAGAGAAAUGACAGGUCAUACUGGCUGUCCAGUGCAGCGCCUCUUCCCAUGAUGCCACUCUCAGAGGAGGAGAUCCGUCCUUACAUCAGCCGCUGUGCUGUGUGUGAGGCCCCGGCACAGGUGGUGGCUGUCCAUAGUCAGGACCAAUCCAUCCCACCAUGCCCACCGAUGUGGAGGAGCCUCUGGAUCGGGUACUCAUUUCUGAUGCACACUGGAGCUGGGGACCAAGGAGGAGGACAGGCACUCAUGUCACCUGGCAGCUGCCUGGAGGACUUCAGAGCUGCGCCAUUCCUCGAAUGCCAGGGCCGGCAGGGAACCUGUCACUUUUUUGCAAACAAGUACAGCUUCUGGCUGACCACGGUGAACCCGGACCUGCAGUUUUCCUCUGGUCCAUCACCGGACACCUUAAAAGAAGUUGAGGCCCAGCGCCAGAGAAUCAGCAGGUGCCAGGUCUGUGUGAAGUACAGCUAGAGAAUUCACAACAUGCCAGCCGGAAUCAAGAGAGACAUCCCAUGGAGAAAAAGCUCCCCUGGCUGCUCCAGCAAAUUCAGUGGUGCUCUCUCCAGACUCCUUCAGCCACGUCUUCUGUCUUAUUCCCAGCAUCCUCCUUUCGCUCUCCACAGGUGAAGCAAAGGAAGCACACGUGGAUUUGUUUGGUUCCGACCAAUCCAGGUGAAACCCACACAUUCUCCUUUUAUUGAAAUGAUGGAGGAACAGGCUUUAUUUGAACACGUGUUAAUUCCCAGAAAAGCAAGUGAAUGAAUGACAAAGACCAGAUUAUAAACGACUGAAAACUUCAUUCAUUUGUUGAUAGCAUCUCAAACAACUGAAGUCAAUUAUUCUGUAAUCCAUUGGGCUCCCGGCUAGAUUUUACAGGACAAAAAUAUAAAUAGGCCAACAAAUGAAACUACAAAGUAGAGAUUGUCAAUGUUUCAAAAUGAUUUUCUCUAUAAUCUAUUUUUUAAACCAUGCACUUUAAAUAAUUGUGAGAUCAUGGCCCAAAGAGGUUUUUAAAAAGGAGGAAGAAAAGAAAAACAACCUCUCUACACUGCCAGCAUUAGCAGUUCAUUUCAAAGCAGAAUGAGUCAUUAUGCCAGGAAGGCCUGCAGUCCCCAUAUUCCAGAGCCCUGACAUUAGCAUAAACACUUCACAGAUGAAUAUAAAACAUUAUGUUCUCUCCUGCAUUUUACAGAGAAUGGAAAUGCCUACUUUGGCAACCCUUUUGAAAAGUAGCAAUUAUAGAAAAAAUAUAUUCAAUAAGGGAUUAGGAGCCUAAAAGCUAUUAAUGAAUAUUAAGGUAGUGAUUCACAAAAAUUGACUCCCCAUCCCAGGGAACUUGCAAACAGACCACUUUUCCCCAGUCGGGGGGCCAGCAUGUCCUCCUGCUAAUGGGACUGAAGCGACAUGGGGCUUACAAAGCCACUUGCUCUCCUCCCCAGGAGAACCUGCGAGGCUCCUCCUCCACAUGGAUAAUGGCAACUCACUCCGGAAGUGACAGGGCUAUCAUUAUGCACUUGGGAGAAAAAUGAAGGGCUGACUUAAUUAAAGUUAGGUAAGAAGAUUCAUUUAUGUCACGGUCACCCCACCAGGAAGGCAUGGGGCUUUCUUGAACAGAAACAAAGACGCUCUCCAAUCUGAAUUUUGUGUUCCAAUGAUUUUUUUUUUUUUUAAACGGGAACAUCUGUCUCACCAAUUUUCAAACAUUCUUUACAUUGUAUUAGCAUCAUGGCAAGACAGCUGUUUGACGCUGGUACUUAACAGAUCCUGUACAUGGAUAGGAUCCAUGUCAAUUGGCAGUGACUUUUCUGCAUAUCAAAAGGUCUGCUGGUCACCAAGGCAGGGAUCCCUACAAAUCACAGAUUGAAAGGUUUGAUAGAAAAGAUUUCUUUCUUCUGAAACUCACCUUCCUCAGCUAACGCAAGAAAAGCUCCCCCCUCCCUCCCAAGAGAGACGCGCAUGCCAGAGCUCACUUUUCAGGGCACUUGCGAAUAAUUGAAAGAAAAACUCAAUUAGAAUUUUAUUUCUGGACUAGAGAGGAGGCUCAGUGGUUAAGAGCACUUACUGAGAAUCUGAAUUCAGUUCCCGGGACCCAGGACAGGUGGCUCAUAGUCACCAGUUACUCCAGUUCCUUUUUCUGGCUCCCACAGUCUGUCUUGUACACAUGCAAAUACCCAUACACAAACGCAUACUCAUAUACAUAAUUAAAAACAAAAGCAAAUAAAAAUAUUUCUAAGGUGUACUUUCCUUGCUAUCCUUUGGUCAGUGAUGAACUCCUUUAUGGAGAAUGCAUUCAGCUUCUUAGUUCAUUCCUUUCUCUUUCUUUCUUUCUUUCUUUCUUUCUCUCUUUCUUUCCCUUCCUUCCUUCCUUCCUUCCUUCCUUCCUUCCUUCCUUCCUUCCUUUCUCUCUCUUUCUCUCUUUCUUUCUUUCUUUCUUUCUUUCUUUCUUUCUUUCUUUCUUUCUUUCUUUCUUUCUUUUCUUUUAAUGUCCAUUUUAUUUUAUCAUGUUUUUAGACAGCCGCCCAGUCUGUAGCUUAACUUGGCCUGAAACCCACUACAUAACCAGGCUGAACAUCUCUACUUUAACAUGAAAUAUUUUCUUCAUGUAGCAGCAGAAUAUUUUCCAAUACUGACCUAUUUGAUUUUAAGUUCAUGUUAUGCAUGUUAAAUAUUUCUGAGUGUAUGCAAUUGGAGCCCGUUUCUCCUUUAUUUGCAUUAGCCUUAUGUUUCCAGAACCUUUAUCUAUCACCCCAAACCAGACCUCUUGAAAGCUCAUUAUGAUCUUGGCCUGAGAAUGUAUCCCAGGAAGAGGUGGGGGCACAGGUGAACUGUUAGAGAGCACACGUGGCUUGUUACUUAACAACCUUAAAGCCUUCAACUUUGCUGUUAGACUAGUAGCAUGCUUCAUAAGUCAGUUAUGACAGGCUGAUUUAGAAGGGCAGUUCAGCUACCUGAGAUAGUAGGCAUGAAGUUCCAACUAUAGAUUCUGUGGUCUUCCUCUGAAUUGGUAAUAUAUUCUGAAAUGGUCCAGAAGGGCAAAGCAAUAGGAAAAAGCAUUCUUGGGACGGAAGAGCAUGUUAUUUUAGAGUUGUUAUAUCUCUUUCCACCUGGCUAUAUAUCAUGUUUUUGGAACAGCCUUGCUCAGUGGGGACCAUGAACAAAGCUUUGCAGUUAUCCUAGCCCAUUACUGUGAUGGUCUUAGCUAAGCCUCAUUUUCAAGGUCUCCACCCUUGACCGACUAGAAUGUGCCAAGUUCUCUAAUGGGAACGUUUCCUUCUGGGUUCUCAUUCUUGGUAAGUGGGACCUACCAGUCCGGUAGGUGAUCUGUUCUCCAGACUGAACCUGGUUUCACUUUUUGUGUGUGUGUGGGUUGCCACCUCCUCUCCAUGCUUCUUUCAUCUCACACAGGGAUGUCUCCAGUUUGGAAUCCCAGCCAUCCUCUAAAUUCUAUCUAGAUUAGAUUAGUUAUCUUUUGGCUUAAACUCCUCAAUGACCACACUGCCUGUGAAAUCCAAAUGACCUCACAUGGGGUAAGAGGUCCACUGUGAACGAUGAGGCUUACUGUCUGAGAAGUCCUCUUGUCAGCUUGGGCUGCACACAGCUCUGCAAACACUUACAUAGCUCCAUGGCUUUGGCUCAUCUUUCUACUCUUGAUGUCCUCUGUUGGGUCCAGUGGUUUGGUAGACACGUUUCUCCUAGAAUAAUGGGUUAGUGGUAGGUACAUGAGCUUCCUAACGAGACUUGGGGAGCUAUCUGUUCUCUAUUCUCAAAUGUCUCAGGAUACUUCUCUCAUUCUCUGGCUAAAAAUUGAAGCCCUUGUGGGGCAGGGUCCAUGCAUUGCUAGUCUUUGGGUGUCCAGUGUUAGCACAUGAAUGAGCCUAUCUGUUAUCGACUCAAUUCUUUAAUUUGGUGAUAAUUUGCUAUGCCUUGGUAGUCUUUAAUGUGCAGCUCUGCAUGUAAGAGCUCCUUGGUAAAAGGGUGACCAGCAUAAGCCUGUCUUGCUUCAGAAUAUCAGAAAGUUAAAUACAUCCACACAUCCACAAUCUAAUACAAUUAGCACCACAAUGCCAAUAGGCAAGCGUUGACCCUUCCUCAAUCCACAGUUAGUUACUUCUCUAUGAACUGAAAUUUUAGAAAUGACUUGGCAGAAAGAAGAGCCUUCACUGAAAGGACAUGAUGACUCAUGCUGCGGUCUGUAUUCCCUCAAGACUGAAGGGCUUUUUGGCACCAUUUUGCCUCUACAUAGUCCUUGUACAUUUUGAGCCCUUAGAAAAAGUCAGCAGAAUGGCUUAUGAGCAUUGAACUUCAUCAGAGUUUCUUUCACAAGUCCUGCAGUUUAUCACCUAACAGACCACCCUCCUCUGUGAUCAGUGUUCCUAUUAGCCCUCUGGAGGGGUUUACUUGCUAUGGUGUCAAGAAUAGUGGGAAAAUGAGGACUUCUGACUUGGUUGAAUGCAGAUUUCAAUCCAUCUGUGUCGCUUCUCAGCUCUGUUGCCAAGGGUGAGUUCUGCUAAAUUUCCCUUGUUUAUAUGGCAGGACAAUGCACUCAUAUUGAAACUUAAAGGUCGGAUUAUCACCUAUCUAGUUCAUAGCAGUAACCAUGCACCAAUUAUGGACACAUCUAUUUAAAAUAAGAUAUUGUAAUAUGAAAAUUAUUCCUUGGUUUUUUUUUUCCCACACAACAAAAUUACAUGUUGAUUCUCACAGGGCAUAUAAAUUACUGAUUAGAAUUAUUUAUAACUAGCCAGUUCUUAACAUCUUUUUUAUUUCAACUCACAAAGUUAUUGUACCACAAAAAAUACCCCGAUUGCCUGCAGAGACAUUAUGAGUAAGGUCUACAGGGAACAAACAGUCGACAUUAAAAAAAAAAAAAUCAGCUUUCUGCAAUUGUCUCUGUUAUUAUCUGCAAGGAACUCUGCAUAAUGCAUUUUAAACCAGGAUGUCUGGCUGCCACAUCCACAUGAAAUGCUUGAAUUUUAUGGUCCUUAAAUAUUUAAUGAUUCGUUGGAAAAAAUGUGAAAUAUGUCCAUUAAAUUGCAUCCCUUUCUCUAACCCAUGGUUUUAAACGAUUUUGGUCACGCACCUUUCGCAAGAUGCCUGAUCUACUAUUGACACGUAAAUAUUUCUGUGUUGUCACAGUGUGGUUUAUUACAAAUAAAAUUCUGUGAUGACUUCCAAAA